UACAAACAGAGCCAGUGUUGCCACUUGCAUUCCCUUAAUCACUGUUCAUGUACUUUUGCUGGCACUGUCCACUAUUUAAUUUUCCAAAUGAAUCUUUCCACUGUUUGGUCAUCUUUGAGAGAGAGAGAGAGAGAGAGAGAGAGAGAGAGAGAGAGAGAGAGAGAGAGAGAGAGAGAGAAAGGGUGAUGACUGCCCUUGUCCUACUCUUUCCCCCGCAGUGACUUCCAUGUCUUAUCACUUCCCACUGUUCAGCUCAACCCGCCUCCUUCUGCUCCUCCUGCUACUGCCUCGUUCCUCCCUCUGGUGGCUCCUUCAUUAAGCUCCACUCAAGACAAUGCAUACCGAAACAAAAGAACAAAAAUUUUAUUGAAGCCAAGUGCAGGCAAUCUAAAUAGGUCCUCUCAAGUAACAAGUUAGAACCAGCAACACAACAGCAUGAGGAAACACGACUAAAGAAAGUACUGUCAGUUUUUGCCUACAUGAAAUAAAUGACUGAAUAAAAGGUUCGUUGAAGUGUGAUCCCAAUAAUCAUCAGUUUGUUAGAAGAGAGUUGGUCGCGAAAAAAAAAAGUUGAUCACGAAAAGUUUAUAAAAAAAAAAAAAAAAUGCAACACGGUCUCUCAAAUCUUUUAAAGCGCGGUUCAGACGAACAAUGUUUCCCUGUUUCGGCACCAAAUGCUGCCGGAACUGUGUUGCGGCAUCAGUUUCUGGAAACUAGUUCCGUGUUCCUGAGGUUCCGAUUGGACUGUGAUCUUGUUCCCGCUGUCGGAAACUUAGGUGGAGUUUCAUCUCCUCCUCGGCUUUCAGUUUGACAAUUAUAUGAUGUCAAGCGAGGUACUGUGGUCCAGAAGUGCGGUAAAAAGUCUUUGUGAGAUGGUAGAAGAACAAUGCUGCCUCUGGGACCCAAAGGAUGCUGACUAUCCCAAGCGCAAGAUUCGUGCCAAGGUCUUCGGGGAGAUUGCCAUAAAAAUCAAGACCCAGUACCCACUGAUGAGCUGUUUAACUGGAGAUGAAGUUCGGGGAAAAUUUAAGAAGCUGAAAUCAUACUUCAUGAGAGAGCUGAAGAAGAUACAGUCAGCACCAAGUGGCUCAGCAAGCAAGGUAUCAGGAAAAUGGGAGUUCUACGACUGCCUUGUAUUCCUGACUGCAGGGUGUGAGGAGCUAAUGUCAGUGUCAGAGUCAAGCUGGCAGAGACCAACACAUCAGUUCUCAGGAGUCAUGCGGCAGUGGUUCUUAGUUCUCGUGUGGGUGGUAGUGGUGGUGGCAGGCAGGCGGGCUUCCCUAGACGGCUUUCUGGCCCAUGAACCCGCCACUCUACAGGAGAAGACCAUCAAGGCCAUCGAAAGCUUGUCUAACGUGCUCAAUGACCUGAAGGAGAGCAUGACGAAGGAAGGGAACGCAGCCGCACCCACUCCGCCGCCGCCAGAGGGAAGACUGGAGGCCGUGCUGCUCAACCUUACCGCCGCCCUGCAAAACAACACCAGGGCGCUGCGAGAUGUUCAAGGCGGGGACAGCGCCCGUGGAGGAGAAGUGGGGUGCGAGGUGCCGUUCUGGAGACUAGGGGACGAAUGCUACUACGUAAACCAACACCUACCCGUGAGCUGGAGCGAAGCGAGGCACUUCUGUCGAGGCCUUGGGAGUGACUUGGCCCAGCCCGGCGUGGUGGCUAAACUGAGGGCUGCGCUCCUCAUGAGAUACCCGGAGGAUCACCCCAGCGUCCUCUGGGUGGGAGCGUCAGAGGCGGGCGGCAACGAGGGAAACUGGCGGUGGGUGUCGGGGGCCCGUGUGAGCUCCGAGGACUGGGCGCAAGAUCAACCUGACGGAGGGAAUCAGAACUGUGUGGUGCUGAGCCGCCACGAGCACCCCUCCCUGCACGACAGUCCCUGCUAUACCCACGCUACCUUCAUCUGCCAGGCCGCCAACGUCACCGCCACCGCCACCGCCUCCACAACCGCCACCGCCGCCACAACCGUCAACUGAAGUCCUGCGUCAUGGUUCAGAACGCUCUAGAAUAUUCCUAUAAUGUUCCUUCUUUCCUUCCUUUCUUCCUUCCCUUCUUCGGCUCUCGUCUAUUUGCUACACAGAAUCAGGUUUUUUUUUCUUUCUUUCUUUUCUUUUUUUUUUCUAUAAGCCACGCUACGUCUAAGGUCUGUACUCUGAAAAUCUGAAAUGUUUUGCUCUCUCAUCACUAUUUUCCAAAGGCUCUAGUUAAGAUAGUUCGGUUUUUAAGAGUAUUUUUCAUGGUUCUGGUGAUGGAUUGGCAAGAUUUCUGGUAUAUCAUACGGACGAACUCUCUUAAAAACCCGGCUAGUUUUCUCUGUGGCAUUGAAAAAAUUGGCGUGGUGAGAGAGCAAGGAGUUAAUGAAUAAGGGCGUAACACAUCCGGUGGCGUCUAGUUAGCAGAGAAGAUUAUGAUGAUGAUGAUAAUGAUGACACUAAUGAUGGUGGUGGAGGUGGUAGUAGUGUUGAUGAUGACGAAGCUAAUAGUAAUUGAAAUGGAUUAACAAAUAGGGUCGUAGAGGAAUGGAUCAAGGACAGAGUUAGAAUGGUUGUAAGCUAUAGACAGAAUCCUGUUUAAGAAGAACAUGUUAGUAGAUAAAUGGAACGAACUUAGCAAGGAGGUGUUAUGUAAGUACUGUUCCUGUAUAGUGGGUGGAUGGUUUCAAAAAAUGCUUUGACACAUGUACUGAUGAUGCGAGCUGAUGGUGAAUUUUGAGUCCUAAGGUAGAGUGCUGUGGAUUAAAUGAAAGGACGAGAGAAGGUGGAAGAAAGUGUUUUAGAUACUGUACAUGUUGUUUGUAAUUACUUGUUCCUUUGUUCCUUUGACAUCUGACUAGUAUAACCCCUUCAGUACUGCAACGCAUUUCUGUAAUUAAUUUUGGGUGUGAUUAGACGAUUUUAUUUACAUUAGGAAAAGUUUUUGGAGAUCAGAAGAUUAAUGGCCAGAAUCUUCACUAUUUUAAACCCCCACACAAGUUUCUGAAGCUGAAUAAAAUAGUGAACAGAAUCAAUAAAAAAAAAAAAAAACACGUCAUGAUACUAAAGGGGUUAUUAAUAGUGAUAAUACGAGUUAUGACUAUCUUAACUUCGCAGAUAUGACUACACUACUUCAUAUCUUUACUGCUUUAUAACUAAGGUUCGUAUUCUCAAACGUUUUGCUUUCUUAUGUCGUUAUCUAUUUUCAAGACUCUGGCGGAGGUUACUAGAAUUUUCAAGAUUGCUUUUUCUUUUGAUUGUAUUGAUAGUUUAACAACUGUUUUGCACCAUCCGGGAGAAAUACAACUUAAGAACCAGACGAGUUAUCCUUUUUUAUUAUUAUUAUUUACACCAUGUGGGCUUUUCACGAGAAUUUCUGGGCUAAAGGGGAUACUUUUUUGGGAUACCUCCUAUCUUAAAGCCCACCCACUAAGAAACCCUUGCCCCGAGUGAGGAAGCCCAACCUACACUCUGACCGUGGACAGGAUUCGAGCCCGUGCACUUGGAGACCCCUCGGAUCCUAAAGCCCGCAUGGUUCCACUGUACCUUCUGUGGGAUUUGAAAAUAUUAGUCCACAAAAUGAAUAGGAUUAAUAGUUUAACACUGAUGUUGUAACUUUGACGUGAAAUAAAGACUGAUGCCAA